UGCGCUCAGAUUCAUACGUGUGUUUACAUCGGAUUUUUAACUUUGCUCUGUUCUUUGGACAUUAGUGCAUUUGAACGGUACAAAAGUGUUGUGAAAUCUUUGAAGAUUCGUUGGUGAACAAAACGAAAAGGACAAUUUCAAAUUCGUGCGACUCGUGGGCACCAAACAGUUACAGCAGUACAUAUUGUAGUUCUAGUUCAAGUCAUAAUUCUCCGUCGUCGAUAAUUGCAUCAAAAUAGCGGCGUCAAACUGCAACGAACAACGCCAGCUGGGCGGCGUGCAGAUGGUGGGCCUAGUACCAUGCGCACUUCAGUGUUGGCAUGGCGCAAAGGCUCCAACGCCAAAGGUGAGCACUGUCAGCGGUGAAGCGCGCAGCAAUGCAGCGCCUUAUAAUUUGCGAACUUGUAACCAGACCACUGCUACAACAAAUAAGCCUUUAACAUGUGUGAAGUGCAAGGAGAAGCAGCAAAUGCAGCAGCAACAACAGCAGCAAACGCAGCAACAACAGCAGCAAACGCAACAACAACAGCCGCAGCAGCAACUGUCAGUGUGUGUACAACAGCAGGGACAAGCCCUACCGCAAUUUCAGCCAAUUCAACUGCAACAACAGCCACAUCAGCAUGCGCCACAGCAACAGCUUGCCUCUUUUCAACAAAUCAAUUGCGUGGCAACUUUAGCGACAGCAAAUCAUAACAUCGGCUGUAUUGGUGGGCACUGCAUGGCCAGUACAGCAACUCCAUCUGCAAUGCCAACAACGCUCUUUACCUUGCCUACUUCUUUUACUGUGCCCCCGCCUCCCAAACCUCCGCAGGCUCCAGCACAACUUUUGACAACGACGCAGCUACCUUCAAACAUGAUUAUGCCAAUCAGCAAUACAACAACAACUUCGACAACCUCAACUACCGCUGUUGUGUCAACAGCGCAGACACAACAAUAUGCGCCUUCAAAUUGGCUAUAUGGCAAUUUCGCUGUAGCGAAUACUGGAGGAUCAACGGCCACCACAACUGCUGCAAUGCUGCCAAGCUUGUGUUCAACAGCAGCAGCGACUAUUACGAACGCCCCAAUGAAUAAUCAAAUGUUUUUCCUACCCAUUAGCUACCAGAUGCCUAGCUAUACGCAGCUACCAACAGUGGCGGCGGCACCUGCAGCAGCACCCAUUAUUGGUGCAACAUUCAAUAGUGCGCCACUCGUGUCAGCACCUAUGCCCACUGUAGCAUCCACAGCUACGCUAGCGCCAAUGCCAGCGCCAGUGCCAGCGCCAGUGCCAGCGCCAGCACUAGCACCUGUGUCGGUGAAGCCAAGUAGCAUGCCUAAUACGGCUGAACAUUCUUGUCCGCAUAUGCAGUGCCCUACAGCAAAUAGUGCAGUGUCAUCUCAGAUACCGCGUACAGAUACCCCGUUGCCACGCAUACGUAUUUUUGGCGACACUACUGUGAAGGGUAUAUCUGGCGUAUUCGCUGAGCGGUUAAAGAGAAUGAAACGUAAAGUACAACCUCUACGUAAAAUAACAGCCGAAGCCAUAUCGGCAUACCAAAAGAAUGGAAAAUUGCCCACAAACAUUCCGCUACUUGAAGCGUUACGCAACAACAAUUGGGCUGCUGCGCUGUCAGCGGUAAGAGGUGGUGAUGCUGUUGGCAGUGAUUCUGAUGAUUCUAGUAGCAACGAGCGACCUGGAAAGAACAAACAAUUUCACAUCUUCGUCGGCGACUUAAGCUCAGAAAUCGAAACCCAACAAUUGCGUGAAGCUUUUACACCAUUUGGUGAAAUUUCUGAUUGCCGCGUUGUACGCGAUCCACAAACAUUGAAAUCCAAGGGUUAUGGAUUUGUGUCAUUUGUCAAAAAAUCGGAAGCCGAAAGCGCCAUUGCAGCUAUGAAUGGACAAUGGCUUGGCUCGCGUUCGAUUCGAACGAAUUGGGCCACACGAAAACCGCCGGCGAGUAAAGAAAAUAUCAAACCUUUGACAUUCGACGAGGUCUACAUUCAAAGCAGCCCCUCCAAUUGCACUGUUUACGUUGGAGGUGUCAACAGCGCCUUAACUGCGCUCAGCGAGGAAGUCCUACAGAAGACCUUCACACCAUACGGAUCGAUACAAGAGAUACGCGUCUUUAAGGAUAAGGGCUACGCAUUUGUGCGAUUUUCGACCAAGGAAGCCGCCACACAUGCCAUUGUCGGCGUCCAUAAUACGGAAAUCAAUGCGCAGCCAGUUAAGUGUUCGUGGGGCAAGGAGAGCGGUGAUCCAAAUAAUGCACAGACAAUCGCUAGUCAAGCGCUUAAUCCUGCUGCCGCUGCAGCAGCCGGUUUCCCGUACGGCGUUGGUGCGGCAGCAGCUGCUGCAGCCGCCUACGGGCAACAGCUGGCCGCCACCGGUUGCUGGUAUUCACCAACGCCAACGUAUUCCACUUCAUCGACCACAGCGGCUGUAACACCGGCUGCUGCCGCAUCUGCUGCAGCGGUGCAGAAUCAAUUCUUGCAAGGUAUUCAGGGAUAUCACUUCGGACAGUAUGGUGGCUAUCAGCAAGGAUAUAUGGGCAUGGGCGUUCAAAUACCCGCCACUUGGCAAGGAGUUGCUACCCAAGCGCAAAUCUCACCCGCUCAACAGUUGGCGACGGGUGUGCCUGGUGCUGCCAUACCGCAAGCAGCUGGCGUUGUGGCCUACCCGAUUCAGCAAUUUCAAGUGAGCCCACAGUUGCCAGAAGAUGAAUGGUUAGCAGCAAAUUUAAUAUGUUAGUUUUAAGUGAAGAUAAAUUGUAUUGUAUACAUUACAUUAUCGGAAAAACUCAAACGGAUAUAUAUAUGUAUCAUAUCUUGAGUGUUUUAAUGAUAAUUUUUAGGGAAAAAAAUAAAGUAGACAAUUUUGUAUUGUAUAGUACAAUACAAAUCAAAUGAAGGUAGUUUGGAACAAAAACAUUUACCAUGAACAUAAACACAUAACGAAUAGUAAAGAAUUGUAAAGAUCUGGUAUCUCAUUUCAUGCUCUUGCAUAGGUAUAUGAUAUGUGUAUACAAGCUUAGUUUAUUUUCAAAUACAUAGGCGCGAAGUUCAAUUCAAAAUUAGGUUUCAAUUAAAAUAGGCAGCAACUGAGUCUCCAAAUAAAAACAAAGUGUUUAGGAAUCUACGUAUAAAGGAAAAUAAGUGGCCAGAAUAACGGGGAAAGACUUCGUUAAGAAAUGUUUGUGAGCAACCUAACGCCAAGCAAAGCGACAAUAUCAAAUUUUGCAGUUGCUAAACUGUUUCUAAGGCAGUUCAGCAGUUCACUGAAAUUAACCAUGAGGCGUUCAUAUGGGAUUUGGAAGGAAAAUCAACUUUCAAUACAUUAAAGAACCGCCAGAUAAACAAUCCGAGAGUCCAUUGAAAUCGCUUCAUUGAGGAAAUUGCGCGUGAGACUGGUAAUGACCAUUCGAAUGUUCACUUAAUUCCGAAAUAGAAGGUUCACAUUAGUUGCUUACAGAGGAGAACAAAAAUAAUGCUGAAAAGAUGAGGACAACUCUGACGUUGUGCCGGAAAAAAAUUUCUAUGAUCACAAACAGUUUACCAUUGGGCAAAUACACAGCUGUUGAAAUGAUAGAAUCUGUUCGGCAGAAGCUCCUAGUUCGUCACACAUCAACGGGCACCGUCAAAAUCGCAAAUUUGUGAUUUCCUCAUGCUUUAAUUUGUGUAUACGCAAGACAGCCCUAAUUUUUGUGCAAAAGUUUAGCGUCGCAAAAUAAUAAAUCGCUACGGUGCUUCAUCGAACCCAAGAACGUGUCGGUGCAAAUCAAAAACAUUGUAACAGGACACCGCUUCUGAUAAUACUGCACCAGACGUUCAAGAGUGGUGCAAAUAAGUGUUUCCCAGCGGUAUUAUUGCUGCUAAGUGGUCACCGUACUUAUUUAUUCUUCUUCUACAAAAAGCUACUCUCUCCUGUGCGAAUUCGCGCCAGUUGCUAAUUUCGUGUGCAGACAUAUUCUUCUGCACUUGGGCCUUCAAUUUUGUUUGCGGGCGCCCUUGGUUUCAGUUACCACCCAUGGGUGCCGAAUUGAAGGAUCUUUUCACUGGAGUGCAUACAACUUGGCCAAGCCAGUUCAAUCGCUGUAUUUGUGUGCGCUUCACAGUACUUUCCAGAUUUGAGUCUCAUGCAAUACAGCUUCAGACCAUGUCCUAAGCCACUGAAAACUUUGGUGUUGCUAAAGCAAUCACUGUGCCGAAAAUAUUCCGGUAGAGGAGCUGCGCUGUGUGCGGUCGAAAAUUUUACGAAACGUUGUUUAAGUUUCUUUAUUUUUGAUUUCGCCAAUAAAAAAAAUAUGUAAAUAUUUCUUGUCACCCUUUAAAGUGCACCACGCAGUCUAAAAACAUUUAAAAGAUGUGUAAAAAUUUUAAAGCACACCCUCCAAAACGUAUUUUCGAAACCUCUUUUAUAAGUUAAAGGCAUUUUAACGCGAUUAUAAUCACAGACUAAACACCGGCCAUAAUAUUACGUGAAAUUAACAUGACGAUUCAGAACAAAGCAGAUAAACUUACAUCUCGCCCACUGUAGAUAACAUGACGAGCAAAAAUUUAGCAAACGGUUAGAAUUUUCUAAGCGGAAUUUCACGACAUCGAGGAGCAAAUAAACUGCGUCAGCCUAAUAGAAAUACUGUCGAAGUAAUGUCUGAUUUCAGCGGUUUCAGUUGAAAUGCUUUUUCUGUUUAUGCUGUGGUAAAUAUAAUAAAAUAAGCAUCUAUUUUUUUGUUCAAAAAUAUGCUUUGAAUCACUUAUUUAAUCUGCUUAAAUUUUUUCUAUAACUGCGUGCAAUAAUUUGUUUUUAUGAAAUAGGAGCAGAAAAUAGCGUUAUUCAUACGCCACACAAUGGGAGUGCAGCGGCCAAAAGUGGUAAAAACGGAUUAGCGAAUUCUGAAUAAGUAAUUGCACAGAUGCACAGCAAGAUAUUCAGCUAACCCAAACCAAAAAGAAUUUUUGAUAAAAAUGCAUAUUUGCAGUCAUAACACGAGCUUAAAGUAGGAACAAUGCGAAAAAAUUUAUUUGUAAGAAAAAAUUUUGAUUUUGUAGCAAGUAAUUUAGUUUAAUUUUUCCACUUGGGCGCGUAUAUAAAAAUCCAUCGAGCAGUUUUUGAAUAUAUCUGUGGUCAAGCAUUGCUUUAAAUUUUUAUAAACUUUUGAAAUAUAUAAAAUAGUUUACUUUGAAAUUCUACAUAAGUUAGUAUAAAAUUUUUCGAGUGCUUAAUUUAAAAAGGCAUAUUUAAAAAUGACCUAGGAAGCGAGCUAAUUGUACUUAAGAUAAGUAAACACUAAAAAUGCGUGUCAUAUCUCAAAUAGUUUCUUCUUCCUUUUACAGACCGACCUCCUGUAAAAUUUAUUGAAUUUUUAUUGUAGAGAGUAGAAGUGAAAGACUCUGGUGUGUACAUAAAAUAAAUAAUUUGCAAUAUAAAAUAGAAAUUGAAGAAGAUAUAGAUAAUAAUUACUCACCAAUCUAUUAAUCACAUUCAGCAUUCAGCCAAAAAUGAACGCUUCUCUGGACGAGAUCCGUUUUCGAUGGCAAGAGUCCUGCUGGCCUUAGCUCAGAUUUUGUUUUAUAAAAUAUAGGUAAAAUUGAAAGUUUUAGUGUAAAUAAAUAUCGCGAACAGACUUUAGCAUGCAGAUGUUUUAAAUGUUUUAGCUUUGUCAUUUUUAAAAUGAAGAAAUAGGAACUUCCUUAGAAAUAAAAUAAAAUGUGCCGGUU